CCGUUUCCAACAGUGGACGUACCAGAUCACGCUCACUACACCAUCGGCGUUGUCAUCCUCGCUGUCGGGAUCACGGGCCUGCUGGGAAACUUCCUCGUCAUCUACGCCUUUUGCAGGAGCCGGAGUUUACGGACCCCGUCCAACAUCUUCAUUAUCAACCUGGCAGUCACGGACUUCCUCAUGUGUCUCACUCAGACGCCCAUCUUCUUCAUCACGAGCAUGCACAAACAAUGGAUCUUUGGAAAGAAAGGCUGCGAAAUGUACGCCUUCUGCGGCGCCCUGUUUGGCAUCUGCAGCAUGAUGACGCUGAUGGUGAUCGCGGUGGACCGUUACAUCGUGAUCACCAGGCCGCUGGCCUCUCUCGGGGUGAUGUCUCGCAAGAAAGCCCUCAGCAUCGUGGCGGCGGCCUGGAUCUACUCCAUGGGCUGGAGCCUCCCCCCCUUCUUCGGCUGGAGUGCCUACGUCCCAGAGGGUCUGAUGACGUCCUGCUCCUGGGACUACAUGACCUUCACCCCCUCCGUCCGCUCCUACACCAUGCUGCUCUUCACCUUCGUCUUCUUCAUCCCUCUGUCAGUCAUCAUCUUCUGCUACUGCUGCAUCUUUAGAGCCAUCCGACGCACCACACGAGCGAUAACAAAGAUCAACUGUGAGGGAACCAGAGACUCCGCGAAGAAGUUCCACAAAAUGAAGAGCGAGUGGAAAAUGGCCAAGAUUGCGCUCAUCGUCAUCCUGCUGUUCGUCGUCUCCUGGGCGCCGUACUCGUGCGCCGCCCUCACCGCAUUCGCAGGGUACGCCGACAUGUUGACUCCCUACAUGAACUCGGUCCCUGCUGUGAUCGCCAAGGCGUCCGCCAUCCACAAUCCCAUCAUAUACGCCAUAACGCACCCUAAAUACAGGUCGGCCCUCAGCAGGUACGUUCCCUACCUGGGCGCGCUGCUGUGCAUCACUGGCCGGGACCGCUACAGCAGCAGCAGCUUCCAGUCCACGCGCCGGUCAACCCUCACCAGCCAGUCGGAGUGCAAGAGCUCCAGCAAGCCGCGCAACUCCUCCCAGUCCGAGAGCGAAUCAGCUCGCUUCUCGGACACGGAGGAGGACUGCUCGUCCCGGACGCCCGUCUGUCGUCAGCUCUCCGGCGACGUCAAGCAGGUGCGUCACGCCAGCCAGAGGUCAAAGGUGAGAGGCCUGGCCUCGGGGGAGUUUGAGAGAGCGGCGGCCCACAAUCCCAGCGACCCGGCCUUGUGUCAUCUUACACAGAUCACGACUCUGACGCAGCCGGAAGACAUCUCCAUGUCGGACAUCAAUCUGAAGCCAACCAGCCGCCUGCCUGCAGCCCUGGAUAGCAUGACGAUGGAGUCGGGGCCAAGGACUGCGUGCAGCAGCACCACCACAGCAUCCGUCAUCGUCACCUCCAUAUCCAGCCCGUCCGUCCUCCACAGCCCCCCAGGUUCGCAUGGCAACCUGAAAACGGCCAAAGCGCACAGCCCGGUUACCAAGGAGCCCCUCGACGUCGCCCGGCUGGAGACAACAGCUUUACCAUGAACC